AUGGAGUCUCACCCAUUGUCCGACUUCAGGCACAGGCAACGGGCCUGGACUCCCCUCGGCUCAUCUCCCGAACCCUACCAAUACCACUCAGCACACGACAGCUGGAACGAAAGUGCCCUACAUGAUAUAGGCCUGGGGAUCUCAAAUCCACAAGGCGAAACCAUCCCCAAACAUGAUUCAAACCCACGCAGAUCAAUUGACAGCGACACCCAAAACCCCAAAACCCCGCAGACUCCCCAUUCUCCACAUGUACGCUGCGCCAAUCAAGGGACAGUCCUCCAGAAACGACUGUCAUGGAUUCCCUUGACGAUCUUCGUUCUCGCAGUCUAUGCGACCGUUUUUUCUGGCAUUUUUCUAGGCAUUGCAUUGGCGAAGCCCCGAUGGGACAGAAUCUCCAGCGACGGACCAUUAGACCCCUCCAGGGCGGAACUGCUGAGUGCUGGCUUUGCAAAGUCUAUCGAGCUUUCCUAUGUUACGAUUUGCGUGGCUUUCUUGGGUCAGGUGCUCAGUCGCCGGGCGCUGAUGACGGGGUCUCGUGGAAUCAGCAUCUCUGAUAUGAGUAUGAGAGCAUGGAUCAUGCAGCCGGGCUCUAUCAUUGUGCAUUGGGAGACAUUGCGGUAUUCAGCUUUGACUUUUCUCGGCGCCAUCGCAUUGGUUGCGACCUUCGUUGCCAUGUUAUACACAACUGCGGCUACGAUGUUAGUCACUCCAAAGCUCUCUUUGGGCAAUGUGAAAUCAACAGAGCUACAGGGGAAGGUAUUUGCCAGGUUUUCCUGGCCGUAUUAUUUUCACGAGACCUGCAAAAUACCCGUCACCCUGGAAAUGGAUCCAAUAGAACGGAAUACUACCUGCCAACAAAUCAAAGAGGUCGGGCAUGCUUACCCCAACUACCUGAAGUGGGUUACCCAAUGGACGGAAUUGGUCGACAGCCACAACGAGACAUCUUGUGAUUUAAAAGACCGGCCCAAGCCUCUGGGCUCCAUCUGGGACAACACAACUGUGAUAGGGGACUGGAUUGAUAUUCAAAAUGUCACCAGUCUAUCAGAGAAGCACGGCAGGAUGAUGAUCAACGUGACAAUAGCCAUGCCACACGGUGGGAUUCCUCGUGCAGCCAUGGAUAAAACCAACAACAUCAAACAGCCAGGAGCCGCCACCGGAGAAGGGAAAUAUGACAUCAAAGCAUCCGUCCCCUCUCCAGCCCUCAAUGUUCUCUGCGCAGGGAUGACCCCAAAAGAACUAGAGCCAAUGAUCUACAACCUGUGGCCAGAAGGCUCCAAAAAAUUCAACGCAUCAACCUGGAAUCUAGCGGCAGAAAAAGAAGUUCCCCCAACCUUCCUAAACAGGACCAAGGUCGAUGAUAUCUUCCAUUUCGGCCCCAAAAAUGGCCAAUACCCACCCACCUUCGGCAAACUCCCAGAACCUUACAACACAAUCAUCAACGUGACAGUGCAAAAUAUCAACGAGCCAGUCACUGAACCCUUCAAGCAAAAAUCAAUCUACGUACUAGGUGCAACGCCAAAAAACACCACACCGGAAUACGUACUAUGCUCCCUCAAGGCCAAACAAACAGGCUACUGUUCAACAGAAUACCACGCUGAAGCCAGUGGCGCAAAACUGACGACGAGGUGCAAUGAUCCCAACAACGACUUGCAGUACAGUCGACAACGACCGGAUUUCAUAGAAGGAGAAUGGAACUCAGACUGGAAGAACGUCGCUUAUGAAUGGGCGAGUGCCGUUAGUCUCGGUGCUGGAAUCACCGAUGGCGCAGCCAGCAAUGCCCGGUUAUUGAUGCAGAUGCUACCGAAGUAUAACGGAACCUACUCGCUUGAUCCGAAAAUGCCCAGCAUGGCCGAAGCUCUGGCCGUCAUGGCGGGGAGUACUCUGAUACUUGGUUCAGAGGAUGGGCCAUUCCAUCAUAACUGGACAUAUAAGGACGACAUACUGCCUGAGCCGGUGUAUCAGUCGUUCCCUGCAACGCUGCAGGCAGUUAGUUAUGCCUCUGGUGGAACGGAGAAAUGGCAGAGGAUGUUUUAUGUGAUUUUGGUAUUUGCUUUCGUGACGAGUGCUAUUUGUUUGGGGUUUAUGAUUGUUGAGGCGCGUGGACGCCAGGUGACUGAUUUCACGGAGCCGCAGAACCUGUUUGCGUUGGCUGUGAAUAGUCCGCAGAGUUCGCGGUUGGCGGGGGCUUGUGGGUGUGGGCCUUUUGGGACGCAGUUGAAGGAUCGCUGGUUUAUUGGUAUGGAGGAGAAUGAUGAGCAUUAUUAUAUUGGGACUAAGGAGGAGGAAAAACCUUUGCUUGGGAGGGGAUCUGAAUAUAUGAGUGAGGGUAUGGUGAGUCCGAUGGUUGAUGAGUUCCGGAAGGUUUCGAAGAGGAAUUCCUUUUUGGCGAAACUGUACUGA